AUGUGGCGACUCACCCGUCGGCUUCUGGUGAUGGAGGGGGAGCGGAAGUUCACAUUCCCCGGCAGCCCCGCCACGCACGCCACCGGCGGAAUUCCAUUUUACGGCAACGUCUACGCCGGCCGCGUGGACACCCAAAAUUACGUGCCGCCGCCGCAGGAGGGAUCCGGCCUCAUUCGCCCCAAACAAAAUCACUGGGAGGACCCGCAGGUGCGGGCAAAGAUUGAACAGUGUCCAUACUUCGCACUCUCUGAUCAGGUGCUCUGGCACAAUAUGGAUCCCGCUUAUCUAGAUCCAGGUCUCCUGACGGCGGAGGAACAUCAUUUACUGUUGCUUUUUAGUCGUGCAUACUAUGAAAAGUGGAAAACUAUUCAUGCAAGACCACCUAAUGCACUUCCACGUAUACGUAUUAAAUAUGGUUCAACAUAUUUAUUAGAUGAAAUGUUAGAUCUUGUGGAAACUCCUACAAAAGUUCGAGAUUCUCUUGUAAAGGAAUUUCAAUUAGAUGAUGCAUCAUUAAUUGCUAUGGAUCCUGAAUGUUGGAUGACAGCAUACUUAGAUCCAUUUAAUAGAGAUCAUUUUUCUGGACGUGUAUUAGAAUUUGCUGGAAUGGAUGAACCACAACGUAAUAAAUUCUUUCUUUUACUUCGACAAAUGCGUCGUCUAGUUAUAGUGCGAAAAGAUACUCCUGAAGAAGAACAAUUGGUUACACCAUUUAGUGCAGGAGUAACCUUAUUUGAUCUCUGUAAAUAUUUAGGUCUUGAUCCAUAUAAUGGUCAACUUAAAGUCUAUGAUUAUAUGGAUUUGCAACAGACAAAACAGGUGCUUACUCUAAAAGAUGAAGAUUCUUAUUUUGAUUUUUUAGUAACAUUAUUUUUUAAAGCGAAUCUUCGCAAUGCAACUUUAAGUGAUGUGGCAGAUGAUACUGAUAAUACGGCUCGCUAUACUAUUACAGUUGAACCCUUUACAGUUGCUGAAAGACGUAUUGGACGUUGGUAUUGA